AUUCAAAGGUGAAUUCCCUGACGUCAUACAGGAAGUGGACAGAGAGACGUUUUUUCUACUUCUCAACUGUUGCUUGAACAAUACGGUCAUUAAUUUCACGGAAAGGCGCGGAACAGCAGAGAUGUGCACGUUUGAUAAGGACAAAGGGCCAAGGAGGCUGAUGAAAAAGGGAUUAACACUAAUCCUAGUUGGCCAUAUUAACUUCAUUCUUGGAGCUAUUGUCCAUGGCAGUGUCCUCCGCCACAUUUCCAAACCCAGCCAGCACAUCUCCACCGAAUACACCGUAGCCAACAUCAUUUCGGUCACUUCUGGCCUACUGAGCAUUGCCACUGGGAUUAUCGCCAUUGUGGUGUCGAGGAACCUUCCUGUGCUAAGACUCCAAAUAGGACUUCUCAUUGCAUCCUUCCUGAAUGCCCUGCUCUCAGCAGCAUGCUGCAUUGGGCUCCUCUUGGCCAUAAGUAUCACUGUGGCCCACAAUGGGGAAGGUUUGUUGCUGGGAUGCAAUUUCACAGAUGUGCCCAUCAAUGCUCGGUCACCUGUCAGUGCCAAGUGCCCGUUUGAUACCACACGAAUCUAUGACACCACCCUGGCACUGUGGAUCCCUUGUGCACUCUUGUCAGCAGUUGAGAUUGGAGUGUCGAUCUGGUGCUUCCUUGUGGGACUGGCCCUCAGAGGGCUGCCACCAUGCGGGAACAGCUACAUCAAAGAGCAGUUGGAGGUAGAAGCUGAGUGCGGCCCCCAAGGCCGACGCCUGAUUGGGAAACACUUGAACUCUGACCCCUAACUGAACCAAAAGCAGGAAGGACGCCCCUCUGAUGUUAAGCGGAGCUAAAUCACAAAAGGCAUUGCUGCACCUGUAUUUAGACCAGUCGAUUUUCCCCCAAAGUCAGCUCGGUGAGUUUCACAGUAGAACUGGAGUGAAUUCAGUUUUGGGAAAGUGGUUCUGGCUUUGCGUUAUUAUUCAGCCACGUGCACUUAUUCAAUGCUCCCUUGUUUUCAUUUAAUAAAAUAAAAUAAAAUCCUUUAAUCGGUAUGUGAAAUGAAACUAAUGGUAAAUUAAUCUACAUUGAAACAUAAAAAAAUAGAAACAUAAAAAAAGAACCUGUAGAAGCAGUCGAAAUAGUAUUCGGCAGAUCCUUCUAGUGAUCCUUUUAGUGAACAUAUGCCUUACGCUUGUGGAAGCUUAAAUUAAAUUUAAAUCUAGUCUUAUUAGUAUCCAUCUAUGACCGUAUAGGUUUGAUAGUGCCAUAUGUUAUUUCUUUCACCAUUAAGAAAUUGUUAAGAAACCCAUUUUAUUAUCCAGCUAAAAUGUUUUUCAGUAAUUUUAUUGAAUGAAAGUAUAUUUUAUUUUAUAAGCACAUAUUUUAUUGUUUGAAAUGUUUAGAAUGUUGUACUGUUGUUAUCAAUUUAAAAAUUCUGUUGCAUCUGAGGUACAUUCAGAAAACCAAUACUCCUCAAGUUUAGUUUGUCCAGAAAUAAAGAGCAAUAUGUUCAUGUCCUGUAAGUUAAAUUUUUCGUUUGCCGUAAAACGCAAGUUAAUUCUAUGCAAAUAAAGUAUUUGGCUCAAAAUUAAAUUGAAUAUGCUAAAUUGUACUUCUUAAAGGUCAUUUAUAUUUUAUGCAUUGCUGUGGAUAUAUUUUACAGCUAAACCAGUUAGACACACUGCCUUUUUGAAUUUCAUAUAACAAUAGUUCAGAAAGAAAACGCUAAAUGUGAAAAAGGCUCAUAAACUAUAUACAUAUAUAUACUGUACUCCACUAUACUGUGGUUGAAUGUCAAGUGGGGUCAUAUUAAGAGGUUAAAUCAGUAUCUGGGCCAGCCGUCUCCACUGCCAAAGACCCCCCACAAGGCAGCGGCAGAGAAGAUCCGAUCAGCGUGGAAACGGUUAAUCUAAUGCCAUGCUCAAUUGUGUGGAAAGGAAUCAUAGCACGCACUACUAAUCCUCAGGCUCUAAGGGAUAAAUAUUGACAUCGUGCUGACUGACACAAUCCCAACAAAUCUGUUUUGCCAUUUCAGAGUACUCUCAUAAAAUGUAUAGUGGAAAUUACAGUAUGAAUAUGUGGUAAACUUGAUUAUGGAAAAAUUAACUGAAUUCAAGUCCUAUGUUGUGGUGUUCUUCUAUGUUGGCAUUUUCACAAAUGUUUGAGUGCAUUAUCAUGUAGUUCUUGCAGACAUAUUUUCGUAGGAAUUAGUUAAUCUCUAGCAAGUUAACUUAGAAUGCAAUCAAUUUAUAAAUAAAGAUACAUCAAUAUGUAUAUUAUUUAAUAUCGAUAAUUGAUAUUCUAGCAAAUGGAUUAUUGUGAAUCUUUUUAUGACUUACUUUGUCAUUGAUUAAAUGAGCAUGUGUUUUCCAGUGCUUUUUUCAUUUCUAUAAAAGUGUCAGUUUUAUAGAAAUGAAAAAAAACACUGGAAUUUAUGGUAGACUUGAAGUGCCCUGAAGAGGCAAAAUGAAUAAAACAAAACCUGUGGUGAUUGCAUUGUUGUUUCCUUACAAGUCUGCUAAGCUCUUGAAAUAAGUGGAGUGGGGCAGCCUAAUCGGAAAAAACAAGUGUCAUCAUUAAUCUUUUCCCCUGCUACAGCAGAUCUAAAUACAUGAAACAUGCAUUAGUUGUUUGCCUGAUUGCCUGAGAACAUUUUCUUUUUUUUUUACAUCAUUAUUUUUUUUGUUUUAUGGUGUUGUAGUGAAAAAAUGUAAUGUAUAAUCUUUAAUAAAGGUUUUUUAUGUUA